GAUCGCGACAGACCCCACACUGCACUUGUUCAACACGAGCACAAAUAUACCUGUGUUUGUAAACCAGCUUUAAACCGAAUCAUAAAAUAGUGGUAGGCAGAAAAUUUGCUAUUUACCUGCACAACAAGAGGAAACACUGAGCCACAACUACUUCGAGCGAGUUAAAAAAAAAAAUCGAAGUUUUGAACAGAAUACAAACUGAAGAAUAUAAAUUAUGCAAAUGUGUACACUCUAACAAUUGGAGGAUAUUUAAAGAUGGGGCACGUGACCACAUUCUACCUUUUGUCUCUUUUGUUCAUGUCUGCAGCAUGUGUACAUGGGGAGCAGAGUACAUGUGCAUUUACUUCAUACGAAAAUUGCACUCUGAAGAUAACAUGUAAAAUCCAAGGAGCUCUUGCCGCAGAAGGAAGACCCUUUAGACUGAUCAACAACAUAGUCGGAAAAAAAGAAACUCUAGCUGUGUUAGGCUAUGCUGGAUUUUACAUCUGUGACCCAGCAAAAGGUUAUAAAUGUGAUAAAGAAGACGACGACACCUUCUUUGUCACCACUCCCUGUAUAUCCUGGGAAAACAUUACACUUUCUGCCGACGGAGAAGUACCAGUCCCUUGUACAUUGACAAGUCAGAACAGACCAUCUGAAUCGGAUCCCGAAAUCCUCGAGAAAGAUGAAUGUGAAAAUGAGAAACCGUAAUCACUGGCAAUACCAACAUGCAUAUCAACAAAAGAAGUGUUGGUGUGAAGUGUCAUCCGAGCUCGUCUUCCAAAGGCAAAAGCAUGAUGAGCUUUUAUACAAAUAGCAGUUUUGCGAAAAUUAUUUUAUGGACUUUGAAAUAGAAGAAUUAGAUGAAACAAAGUUGUUAAAUCAGAUCUGAGUAUGAAUAUAUAAAUGUAAUUUAAAGUCUUGGAAAUAUAAAUAAACAUUGAGAAUAACAGAUUAAGAUAUCAAAUAAUGAGUAUAGAGUGCUUAUUCAAAAGAUCAAUUUUAUCUAAAAGUGAGAAAUGACUAGAAGAUAGAGGCAAUCCUCCUUUCAGUAAAGUGAACAAAUAAACAAAUAGUUUCUUUUGCAUGUUCCAGA